GGAAAGGAGAGUGCAGGGUGCCCGCCUUCUGCCAUCUGUCGGGUCUGAACGGAACAUCCAGGAUCAGGCUUGCGGGCUGGGCUAUGCCUUGCCCCAGUCUCAGUCUCAGGACCUGCUCUCGAACCAGCGCUCGUCGGUCCGCUCGUAGCUCAGGCAGUAUGGAUCCUGGAGCCUCUGGAUUCAAAGUCAAGAAAUGGGUCGGGGAUGCAGGCACCUUCUUUAGUCGAGCUGUCCAGUACACUGAGGAGAAGCUUGGGACAUCAGAAAAGACUGAACUUGAUGCUCAUUUUGAAAACUUGGCACAACGAGCUGACACAACCAAAAAGUGGACUGAGAAAAUCCUUAGUGACACUCAGUCAGUCCUUAUUCCAAACCCUGGAAAUCGCUUGGAGGACUAUGUGGUUGAGAAGAUUGAGCGCCGAAGGCCAAAUCGCCUCAGCAACCUGGAAUGGCUCGGAAUGGACAUGAUAUCUGCUGGAAAUGACUAUGGCCCAGGGACUGCAUUUGGGAGUGCCCUGAUCAAGGUGGGUGCCUGUCAGCAAAAGAUGGGGCAGUCAGAGAGGGAAUAUAUUACAUCAACUGCCCAAUCAUUCAUGCAGCCAUUGCAGAAAUUCCUCGAUGGAGACAUGAAAACCAUUAUGAAAGAACGGAAACUCUUGGAGAACAAGAGCAUUCUUGGGCCUUCUGCCUGUGUGUCCCAGGAGUCCCAUGACCCCUGGGAUGCAUGGGCAGGAGGCCAGGGCAAGAAUCUUAGUGCAACCCCUGAUUCUGUUAUAUGAUUGGACCUUGAUGCAUGCAAGAACAAGCUCAGAAAGGCAAAGUCUUUGGAGGCCCAGCACAAUGCAGAGAGAGACCUGCGGCAGGCCCAGGCAGAGUUUGAUAAGCAAACAGAGAUCACAAAACUCCUCCUUGAAGGGAUAAGCUCCUCCCAUGCCAAUCAGCUGAGGAAUUUGGCUGACUUUGUUGAUUCUCAGCUUCGCUUCUAUGCCCAGUGCCAUGAACACCUCUCCCAACUCCAGAGAGAUCUAAGCAGACUUGGACCAGGGGACAGCUCUCCUGUUGACAACCCAGGCUCCAGCAGACUGCAGAAAUACAAGGCCAAGGUUCUCUAUGACUAUGAGAGCAGAGCCCCUGAUGAACUUUCUGUUCUUGCUGAUGAGGUGGUCACUAUAUACAAAGAGCCAGGUGUUGAGUCAGAUCAUGUACUGGCAGAGGCUGGGGGCAAGCGAGGGAGGAUACCAUCAACAUACUUGGAAGUCCUCCAGUGAUGAUGAAGUUAUGCCCAGUCCCUCCCUCUUGAAAGUCAUUAAAUUUGUUCAUAUCUCUUAAUUAUUAAAAGUUAUAUAUUUCUCUUGCUCUCUGAUUUAAACCUGUGCCUCUCUGGUAAGACACACUGUUGAUGACUUUCUUUAUCAUUGAAGGCCUGGUGCUUUGGUCAGCUUUACUAGCUAAGAGCUAGAAAUCUGAGUCAUUGGUUUCCUGGUGCAAGUGUGAGAGUGUCUUGUUGCACAUUCCCAUUACAAAUCAGAAUAAAGUUAUUUAGCCUCCUGUUUGCUAGUGACUUGAAGAUAUCCCCAAUGGGUUGGACUGUCAUGAAAUCAGUAUUGAGUGAGUGAUGGCUGUCAAUCAAUCAUUAACUUUAUUUUUAAUGGCAUGACCCAUUGGAGCAUACUGCCAGAUCACUAUCUCAGCCAUCCAUCCAUCCAUGCCUUCUCCUUGCAAUAUUACCAUGCAAUAAAAUUAUACCAAGAAAUCACAUUCUGGCAUUUUGGUUUCUCUAAGCAGAUGAAGGAGC